AUGGCACCCCACGAAGGAUUAGUUCACCUGAAAGAGUACGACGUCAAGGACAGCAAUGUGGAGCUGAUUGGAUCCGAUAUCGACCACCGUGUCAAGUACAAUUCCGCCGCGACCGAACCAGCUUGGAAUAACGGACGGAUUGGCCAAGAAGCUGGAUUUUUCAUCUGGCGAAUCGAAAACUUCGAGGUCAUCCCUUGGCCCAAAGAGCGAUAUGGCGAAUUUUACGACGGGGAUAGCUUCAUUGUGCUGCAUUCAUACAAGGUCGGGAAGCAACAAGGCGAGGAGAAGCUAGCGCAUGAUGUUUUCUUCUGGUUGGGGAGUAAGACUACGCAGGAUGAAGCCGGGACUGCCGCCUACAAGACAGUCGAGCUGGAUGAGUUCUUGCACGGCGCUGCGACUCAGCAUCGCGAGACACAAGCGCAGCCCUCCGACGAAUUCCUCUCCCUAUUCCGUCACUACCAGAUCCGGUCUGGCGGUGUGCGCUCCGGCUUCACCCAUGUCGAGCCGAAAGAGCAAAAGGAAAUCCUUACCCUCCUCCGCAUCUUCAAGGACCCCGGUGGUGGCCGUGCGAUUAUUGUACACGAGGUGGAACCUACAUGGCAGAGCCUUGACGAGAAGGAUGUCUUUGUUUUGGAUAAGGGUGAAAAGAUCUGGGUCUGGCAGGGCAAGAGCUGCAGCCCAAUGGAGAAGGCUAAGGCAGCGCAGGUGGUGAAUGACAUGACUCUAGCAAAGCACGUUGACGUGGAAGUUCUGUCGCAACUUGAAUCCCGGUCAAAGAUUAUUGUCGAUCUGCUGGGAGGCAAGGAGGUGCAACAACAGACAUUCCAAGCGUCUCGACCCGGGUCAUUCGCCAAGCGAUCCAUUGAGGCACAUGAUACAACUCACCCGCGCAAGCUGUUCCGUCUCAGUGAUUCCUCUGGACAAUUGUCCUUUGAUCUUGUCAAAGACGGCGGUCGGAUCAACCGGUCGGACUUUGACGGCAACGACGUCUUCUUAUAUGACGUUGGCAACAGACUUUGGGUCUGGCAGGGUCUUGGUGCUAGCGAACACGAAAAGGCGCACUGGCUCAAGGUUGCCCAAUAUUACGUGCGUCAACUUCAAGAAAGCCAAGAAAGUUCCGAAGCAUACCUUACUCCGAUUGCCAAGGUGGUUGAAGGUCAUGAAAGCUCAGCGUUCUUGAAGGCCAUUGAAGUGUAG